AUGUCCCCGCUCGCCUCGAGCCACAAGCCCCCGUUCGUGCUGCACGCGUCCGCCGUCGCCCGUGCGCACACCUUCCUCUCUUGCGCCGCCUUUCUCUCCGCCCUCCCCCUCGCCUGCGCCCUCCACUACGAGCGCAUCGUGAAGAACGACGUCGCCGGAUACCCGGACGAGUGGUUUCCCUCCGUUUCCGCCACGAUCGGGGACUGGUACCCGGAGCGCAACAUCUUCCAGCUCCUCAUCGCAAUCAAUGCCGGUCCGAGAUUCGCACUCAGCGCCUUGCAGUGGUACCUCCACCGCACCCCGAUUUCAAGUAUCCCUGGCUUCGUCUUCGUAAUCGGCCUUCUCCGUACGCUGUCGUGCGGAGGAUGGGUGUUCGUCACCUCUUCCGAUCACCACGAUGUCCACGACGUCCUCAUGAUCUCCUAUAUCGUCCUCAACUUGCCCUACAUGUACUACACCCUCGCAUGCACGCCCGCUGCCCACACAGCAGCACGGAAAAGAAGACGUUUAGCAUUUGUAGCGUUCUUUGCGACCAUCGUUCCAAUGGUGUAUUUCUUCAUCCAGCACAAAGUACAUCGCAUACCAGGAGCAUAUACCCGCUACGCGUUCUUCGAGUGGGGUCUCAUCUUCUUCGAUGUCCUCUAUGAUUCCGCAGCGGAGCUCGACUUCGCCGCGACCGACAUGAAGAUAGUGGUCAGCGCCCCAGACACAGAUCAAAUUGUCAAAUCGACUGCCACAAGCGAGGGUGCGGAGAAGCACGCGUCCAGCGAACCGUCAAAAUGGAGUGUCAUUACACGCUCAGUAUACAGUGAUGAUUUUAUGUUCGAACACGUCAUCUUCUGGCCAGCAGUUGCUUUCGUUAGCGAUGUGUAUCUCUCUUAUGUCUUCUGGUCCAUCUAUACCUCUCUCGCACCGACGCUCUUUUACUUCUCUAUAUGGGAGUUGGGCAUAUCGGGCCAAGAGCUUACGCUGCUUUCCACACUCGCUCCUGCGUUCCUCAGCAUCCGGUCUUUCAGAGAAUGGGCACUAAGCGACCAGGGUCGUGUGCGGCUGCGCUUGGCGUCUUUCCUUGGUGUGCUUGCGUACGUCGCGAGCCAGCCUCUCUCUCGGCUUCUGCUAGUCACUGUCGCGAACGGAGCGGCUGCUCUCAGCGCAUCUGUCGAGUGGUUUGGCGCGACCCCCGCCAAUGUGGCAUAUCAGGCAAUGCUGGCUGGUGUCGGCUUCUUGCUCGCCUCUGUGUCAAAGCAUGCAAACUACGGCAACAACCCGAUCUGGCCUCUGGUGGACUCGCAAUCAGGAGGGAUGCACAAGACCGCAAUUGCGUUCACCGUGCUCGCAUGGAUCAGCUGGCUCAAACGCGUCCCCGUUCACGAGGGGCAGAGGCAGGCUGAAGAGCGAUUCGACAAGCAUGACGAGACCCGCUGGAAGAACACAAAACCCCCCUCCCCUGGUCCUCCCCGCCACUGGCUCCGCGCAUCCCUCCCCCUCGGGGCGCUCAUCUUCUCUCUCCAUUCCCUCCUCUCGGACGCGAGCACGCUCAUCGCGUGGUCGUGGACCGGGUACCCCGUCACCGGCCCGGUCCCGAAUCAGCACGGCGCGAUCACGCACAUCGCGCAGGCCCUCGGCCUGGCCUGGGGCGCCGCGCUCACGGGGGGCAUCGAGGGCUGGUGGGCGCUCGCGCACCCGGUCUACUACGCGCUGGGCGCGGGCGGCGCGUACGCGAUGUACGCGCACCGGGACUGGGCGGGGUACGAGGGCGGGCUCGUGCUCGCGUUCUUCCUCAUGAGCAUCGUCCCGCUCGUGUGGGCGCGGACGCGCGAGGCGGCGGCGCGCGCGGGGCUCGCGAAGGUCGCCGCGGUCGCGUGGCUCGUGAACGCCCUGUUCGACGUCGCGAGCACCUUCACGGUCGCGUACGCGUUCGUGCCCGGGGGGCAGUACUUCCGCGAGCGCACGGACAUGGUGCUCAUCGCGCAGUUCGCCUGUCUGGCGCUCGCCUUCGACUGGCCCGGGACGAACAACGCUCCCGACUACGCCCUCUACCGGUCCUUGAAGCUCCCCAAGGAGCACCGCAGCCCAUUCAGGCUCGCUCUCGCGGUGCUCGUGGCCGUCUCGCUUUACGUGUCGGUUUCGAGCGCACCGGGCGUUGUUCCGACGCCAUCCCACCCGGGCGCACGCAUCGUGCGUGCCGGGAUCUGGACGGUGCAUUUCGGACUGGACAACGAGGGCAGGGACAGCCAGAGAGCGAUGCGCGAUCUCAUCAGGGAUAUGGAGCUAGACGUCGUAGGGCUGCUCGAGACGGACCUCCAUCGCGUCGUGUUCGGCAACCGUGACCUCACCCGCUUCAUCGCGGAAGACCUCGGUUACUAUGUGGACAUCGGCCCCGGACCGAACCAGCACACCUGGGGCGCCGUCCUCCUCUCCAAGUUCCCGAUCAUCAACUCGACGCACCACCUCCUCCCGUCCCCCCGCGGCGAGCUCGCGCCCGCGAUCGAGGCAUACCUCGACAUGUACGGCACGCCCGUCAAGGUCGUCGUCGCCCACAACGGCCAAGAGGAGGACCCGGUCGACCGCGAGCUGCAGACGACGGAGAUCGCGCGGAUCCUCGCGGACGCGCACCCCGCCCCCGCCGUCUUCCUCGGCUACCUCGUCACGAACCCGCACGCGAGCCGGCCGGACCCGUACCCGAUCAUGGUCGAGGACGGGCGGGUGCACGACGUCGACGACGAGGACCUCGAUCGCUGGUGCCAGUACAUAUUCUACCGCGGGCUGUACCGCACCGCGUACGCGCGCAUCUCGCGCGGCAAGGUCACGGACACGGAGAUGCAGGUCGCGCAGUUCGUGGUGCCGAGGCACGGGGCGGGCGUCGUGGACGACGGCCGCGAGGCGCGGUACCUCCGCUCGUGGAAGGAGAACCUGCCCGAGGACCAUCGGUUCCCGAUGGCGUACUACCCCCAGCGCGGCGGGGUCAACGGCCACGCGUACCACGUCUUCGAUACGCCGUUGUAUUACAAUGUACCCGAAGGAGCUCGCGAAUGGUGA